AUGGCAUCCACAGCUGGCCCUUCAACCAAACCUAUCGUUCCACAUUACUGUGCGAUAUGUUCGCUACCUACUGAAUAUUGUGAAUUCGGACCAUCGUUUUCAAAAUGUAAGACUUGGUUGGAGAGUGAAGAUAAAGAUGAACACGAGAGAUUAUGGGGAGAUAGCAAUCUAGCUGCUCGUAUCGGUACAUUGUCAGUUGAGAAACAAGAAAAACUAGAAGCGGAUGCGGUAAAAGCUGAGAAGAAAGCUGCUAAGAAAGCAGAAGCUGAAGCUAAGAAGAAAGGAGAGACCAAGAUCAUAAUCAAAAGAUCUGAAAGGACAAGACGUAAACAUCAAACACAUGUACAGAAUUUAGAAUUGUUCGGUAUAGAUUUGAAAAAAGCAGCUAAAUUCUUCGCUGGAAAAUUCGCUACUGGAUCAAGUGUGUCUAAGACUCCUCAAGGUGAAGAAGAGAUUGUUAUUCAAGGUGAUGUCGGUGAUGAUAUUGUCGAAAUGCUAAGAGCUCAAGUGGGUGUCUUGAAAGGUGCUCCAGCAGAUCAAGUUACCAGGGUCGAGGUCAAGAAGAAGAAAGCAGAGGAUGAACCUGUUGCUUGA